GGUUCCUCACAGUUCGGCAUACGACAGAGACCGGAUGUCGCCCUAUAGAUCAGAUCACCGUGGCCAUUCCACGGCCAGCAAUGGUUAUUCAUCAGAUAAUGGAUCCGUCGGGAGUGCCGAAGAUGGUCCGACCUACGUUCUUGAGCACCUGGCCACCUUCAGAGUGUCGCCAGAAUCAGACCUCGUGUAUCCCGCAGAUGGGAUGCGACGUCUUCUACACAUGGAGAAAACCUCAGGAAUCUGGACACAAAAGAUGAUGUUGCGGUUAGACAAGAAAUGGGUUUGCAUACAGUCACACGAAAAUGGGGACACGGUGGAAAAGUUCCCGAUGGAGUUGAUAAGGGAGCCAACAGCAUUUACAAGUGAAGACCCAAAAGAGCUGUACAACAACAUUUUCAUUUUCAUUGUGGCGGAGGAUCCGAAGCGUAAUUACCAGAACCCAACAGAAAUGCACAUUUUCCAGUGCUUACGAAUUAGCGCCAAAGAUGUGGUAGAAGACAUGAAACUUUUCAUGUCUGGCAAGGGAGUGCCUGGACGAGGGGGAGCAGCCAGAGCCAAGCGUGGAGAGCACAUCCCACCUCCCCCUCAGGAACCAGCGCCUGAACCUCCACUGGGAAUGAAUGGAUAUCGAGGAGAUUUCUGUAAGUACACUGUUAUGGCUCUCAAAAGUUUUGUAUUGUAGAGAAAAGGUACACGU